CCCACGCCCCGAGGAUGCGGGUUAUGAUGACCGCAACCUUCCUCCUGCUGCUCUCGGGGGUCCUGACCCUGACCGAGACCUGGGCGGGCUUCCACUCCCUGAGGUAUUUCCACACCGCCGUGUCCCGGCCCGGCCGCGGGGAGCCCCUGCACAUCGCCGUCGGCUACGUGGACGACACGCAGUUCGUGCGGUUCGACAGCGACGCCGCGAGUCCGAGGGAGGAGCCGCGGGCGCCGUGGAUGGAGCAGGAGGGGCCGGAGUAUUGGGAGCGGAACACGCAGAUCUACAAGGACACCGCACAGACUUUCCGAGUGGACCUGAACACCCUGCGCGGCUACUACAACCGGAGCGAGGCCGGGUCUCACACCAUCCAGUGGAUGUACGGCUGCGACGUGGCACCGGACGGGCGCCUCCUCCGCGGAUACAGUCAGGAAGCCUACGAUGGCAAAGAUUACAUCUCCCUGAACGAGGACCUGCGCUCCUGGACCGCGGCGGACACAGCGGCUCAGAUCACCCGGCGCAAGUGGGAGGCUGCCGGUGUGGCGGAGGACUACAGGAACUAUCUGGAGGGCACCUGCGUGGAGUCGCUCCUCAGCUACGUGGAGAAAGGGAAGGAGACCCUGCAGCGCAGGGACGCCCCAGAGACAUAUGUGACCAACCACCCCAUCUCUGACCUUGAGGUCACCCUGAGGUGCUGGGCUUUGGGCUUCUACCCUGCGGAGAUCACUCUGACCUGGCAGCGGGACGGGGAGGACCUGACCCAGGACACCGAGUUUGUGGAGACCAGGCCUGCAGGAGACGGGACCUUCCAGAAGUGGGUGGCUGUGGUGGUGCCUUCUGGAGAGGAGCGGAGAUACACGUGCCAUGUGCAGCAUGAGGGGCUGCCUGAGCCCCUCACACUGAGAUGGGGGCCACCUCUUCAGUCCACCAUCCGCAUUGUAGUCAUCAUUGCUGGCCUGGGUCUCUGUGUGGUCACUGAAGCUGUGGUGGUUGGAGCUGUGAUCUGGAGGAAGAAGCAUUCAGGUGAACAAGGAGGGAGCUACACUCACGCUGCAACCUGAGACAGCUGCCUUGUGGGGGACUGAGUGAUGCAAGAUUUGUUCACGUCCCACCGCCCAUUGUGACUUCAAGA